CACUUAGUCUUCUUUUCUUCCCUCUCCUUACCCCCUCUCCAAUCUACCUCCUUCUUUGCUUUUUCUUCUGGCCUUCCCCCCCCUCAUCGUGAGCCAGUUUCACCACGCGCACUGCGCUCGUAUGCAACCCCGCCUUUUUCAGCUUCACCCUCCUCCGCUUGGCUGAACCCGCGCUAUUGCAGACAAGCCACGAGCUCACCUCCCAACCCCCCUUCCCCCCUCUCCUCCCUCUGUCUCACUUCAUGGAUCGUAUUCCUCCGCCACCCCUCGCCAUGGAUCGAAUUCCGCCCUCUUCCUCCUACCCCACGCCUGGGUCCGCCGGCCCAGUGCCCCCCGCCAUGGCCUCCGCAGCCCAUCUCUCUCCGCUCACCACCGUUCACGAGGGUCGCAUUUGGGCCCUACAAGUGGUACAGCAGCCGAUUCGCGCCCGCAUGUGUGGCUUCGGUGACAAGGAUCGACGACCCAUCACGCCUCCUCCAUGCAUCCGUCUCAUUGUCCGGGACGCUCAAACUGAAAAGGAAAUCGAUAUCAAUGAGAUUGAUACCUCCUUUUAUGUACUCAUGGUCGAUCUGUGGAAUGCCGAGGGGACGAGCGAAGUCAACUUGGUGAAGCACUCGGCCACCUCUCCGUCGAUAUCUACCGCCAUGUCCUCGUCAUACCCGCCCCCGUUGCAGAACGUCUCACCCUCGUACCCUCCGUACGCGCAAAAUGCCUAUGGUCAGCCUGUCGGUUACCCGCACAUGAAUAACUACUACGCCGGAAACCCGCAACUUCAAUACCAAAACCCCUAUGGAGCGAAUCCGCAAGCCCAACCUUACUACCCCUACUACGCCGGGGGUCACAUGCCACCCGCCAACAUCUCCCCAGCGCAGCCGGUUACCGCCGCUCCAGGUGCUGGCAUGUUCACGCGAAAUCUCAUCGGCAGUUUGAGCGCCAGUGCAUUCCGACUGACGGAUCCGGAGAACAAGAUCGGUGUCUGGUUCAUUCUGCAGGACCUGAGUGUACGGACAGAGGGUUCCUUCCGCCUGAAAAUGAGCUUCAUCAACGUGGGCACCCAGUCCGGGGAAUCUCCCAAUGGCGUGUCAGUGAUCAACCACGGGGCAGCGCCCGUACUGGCAUCCGUAUUUUCCGACCCCUUCCAUGUAUACUCCGCCAAGAAGUUCCCCGGUGUCAUCGAAAGCACGUCUCUCAGCAAAUGCUUCGCGCUCCAAGGCAUCAAGAUCCCGAUCCGAAAGGACGGCGUCAAGGGAUCGCGCGGGCGGCACAGUGACAACGAUGACGGUGGAGAUGAUUAUGACUAGAAAGCCGAUGAUGCGCUUGUCUGGUCAAUGAGAUUGGCCUUUUCCUUG